AUGAGCACUGUGCCUAAACUCACAGAUAAGAAAGAGAAGUUGCAGGUCACACAUCCUGGCAAGAGUAGCCUGGAUUACUACAGGAAUGACAGCAUGGUGCUGUCCCUGUGUGAAAACCCAGUGAACAGCACAGACUUCAUGUGCGACAAGAGGCAGGUCAGGCAGUUCACUCAAGCCUUCCUGCCAGUGUUUUUCUGGCUCAUCUUUGCUGUGGGCACAGUGGGGAACACCUUGGUCGUGCUUGUCUAUUGCAAAUACCACUCCAGGAGGAGCAUGAUGGAUCGGUACCUGCUGCACCUGGCCAUCGCCGACCUCCUGCUCCUUUUCACCCUCCCCUUCUGGGCCAAGGCUGCUUCCGAUGGAUGGAUCUUCAAGGACUUCAUGUGCAAAGUCGUCAACAGCAUGUAUAAGAUCAACUACUAUGGCUGCAGCUUGCUUCUAACCUGCAUCAGCUUUGACAGGUACAUCAUUAUUGUCCAGGCAAUGAAAGCUAAAACUUGUAAGCGAAGGUGGCUCCUGCGCAGCAAGCUCAUGUGCCUGGCUGUCUGGCUGACAUCUGUGAGCCUGUGCAUCCCAGAAAUCAUUUACAGCCAGAGCAUGCAGGUGGGUGAUGUAACAGCUUGCAAAAUUAUGUACCCACCAAAUGUCAGCGUGAUCUUCAGAGUUACGGUCCUGGCCUUGAAAGUCAUCAUAGGAUUCUUCUUUCCUCUCUUUGUCAUGGUUAUUUGUUACGCCCUUAUCAUCAACACCCUCCUACAAGCAAAAAGAUCCCAAAAGCAGAAGUCACUGAAGAUCAUCACCAUGAUCAUCACUGCUUUCCUCCUCUCUCAGUUCCCAUACAAUAUUGUUUUGCUGGUCAAAGCCAUCAACACCUACACCGGGGUGGUGCACAGUUGUCAGGCUGCCAACCAGCUGGACAUUGGGCUGCAGGUCACCCAGAGCAUCGCCUUCCUCCACAGCUGCCUCAACCCCUUCCUCUACGUCUUCGCUGGUGAGCGGUUCAGGACGGCGCUGGGCAGGAUGAUACAAAGCUGUGGCUGCUGCUGGAGCAGGGGCCAGGAGCACUCCUCUGCCUGUGACAGCCAGGAGCACAGCUCAAACUUGUCCUUCGCCAUGCUGGGGAGGCGGCCGGUGAGGAACUCUCUCAUCCUCAGCACUCACUGGACCUCCUCUGGUGUGUCCCCUCCUUGCAAAGUCAUGUUGUAAGUUAGUCCUCACCCUCUCCUCUCCAGAGAAGCAUCAAACUCUUUGGAAAUCACCUGUAUACCCCAAAGAUUAUCCCAGAGGAGCAGGAAGGGUUGGAGGCCUGUCCUUGACGUGCAGGACCCAACCAAGGGUUGCUGGCUGAGAGGACAGGAAACCUUUGGCAGAUGGGAGCAAAAUGGAACCAUACUUGCUAUAAACAGAAGUGGUAGAGGUCAAAAGCUAUCUUUGUGACAGCUGUAAAUAGCUGGCCCAUCUGCAGCUCAGACCACAACCUGAAAUAACAAGUCUUGCAGGGAGGUGGUAAACCCAGCUAUGGCAGCAACAGAGGCAGAUGAAGCGUUCUGUCCAUAGGUAUAGAGCAGCAGGAGGGGGCUCAGCCUUCGUUCCCCUGUGAGGGUGGCCUGACUUGGGAGCCCUGCCAGAUUCCUACACAGAUCCCCUCCCCUCUAAAGGAGAACAGCAUUUAGCUCUGACACUGGUUUGUUGCAGUGAGAAAAUGCUGCUCUCUUUGGCUCCAUAGGUGGCUUUUCUUGCAAAGAAAGGCCAGUAGUUCACAUAUAUGAAGUGCAGAAUGUGAUCUGUCUUUCUCCUGUAUUUUAGCUGUGUGAUGUCAGGUGUGAUGGCUCCCGUUUUGAUACUGGAAACAAAUCACCCCUCACAAUGAAAAUAUAAGGGCUUCAGAGACAUUGAGUUGUCUGUCCCAAGGAUAUUUGCUGUAUGGUGCAAAGCUGUCAUAAAUCAGAACACAAAAACCAAAUCCAUGGUUCAACUGACAGCCAGUUAUGCAACAAUAUCUCUGGAAAAUAUAUUUAACCUAGGGCCCGCAAGACAGGGAGUAAUUAAGUAUCAAACCUGAUGAAAUUUGGAAUGAGACAUCAGUUUGUGGAGGCUGCCAUUCCCAAAAGUGGUGUGCUGUAAUGCACCCCCCAAAACCCGAGCCCACAAGGGCAUCAUUUAUCUGUUCCCCCUCGCUCAUCCCCUCACAGGGACGUGGCAUCGCCUGUCCUGCCUGACCACAGCCUGCACCUCUCACUCUUCAGUUGCAGGUUGUAGUGCUCUGGCGGCUUUGUUUUAAAUAAUUUCAUUUAACCUGGUUUGCCUUCUGGUAAUUAGCUCUUCCAGGGGAAAAAGGGUUGUCAUUGUGCAUUUUUCAUUAAAGCAUGUCGAUAAAUAAGAGCUUUCUGCAAAGUUUGGUGCCACUUUUCUAGCUAAUAGGGUACCACUGGGCAGAUGGGGUUCAAGUGUAGGAACCCAGAGUGCCGAGAAUAUUUCUCUGCCUGUUUUUAAGGGUUCUUACUCCCCUGAACAACACUGUUUUAACCUCCAACCUUGGAAAAAAUUACCAACGGUCAGACAGAACUAGAACAUACAGUGGUGUGACUUAGGUGAUAGACUAUUAUGUAAGAUUGUCACAGGGUAAAAAUUUAGAGAU